GACAGGGAGCCGGAGCCGACAGUGGUGGCAGGACAAGCAGGACCGAGACUUUCCGCACCCGAGAACCCACUCCAGGACCAUCCGAGUCCCAGCUCGGCUCAGGAGCGGAGGCGCCAGGAUGCCUUUGGCCCAAGCGGCCGUCCCAGACCCAGCCCGAGGGGCCUGUUCUCCACAACCCAGCGGGGAUUUGGCUUGCAUCACCAAGGAAGCCUGAGCCAGGGUCUUUGUUUUCCCUGAAAAUGAACGUUCCCAGGGCGCCCUCUGCUGGACUUUGGAGCUAAGUCUGUGAAUUCCAAGUGAUGGCCAUGGUGCUCAGCUCACUCCCGGGCUCCUCCCCCUGGAACGGCACUCUGCACCAGCAUUACAACUACGUGGGCAAGCUGGAGGGCAGGCUAAAAGAUGCCCCCGAGGGCAGCACUCUCACCACCGUGCUGUUCCUGAUCAUCUGCAGCCUCAUUGUCUUGGAGAACCUGAUGGUUUUAAUCGCCAUCUGGAAAAACCACAAAUUUCACAAUCGUAUGUACUUCUUCAUCGGCAACCUGGCUCUGUGCGACCUGCUGGCCGGCAUCGUCUACAAGGUCAACAUCCUGAUGUCCGGCAAGAAGACGUUGAGCCUUUCUCCCACCGUCUGGUUUCUCCGAGAAGGUAGCAUGUUUGUGGCCCUUGGGGCCUCCACCUGCAGCUUACUGGCCAUCGCAAUUGAGCGACACUUGACCAUGAUCAAAAUGAGACCUUAUGACGCCAACAAGAAAUACCGGGUCUUUCUCCUCAUUGGGAUGUGCUGGCUCAUUGCCUUCUCGCUGGGCGCCUUGCCCAUCCUGGGCUGGAACUGCCUGCACAACCUCCCGGACUGCUCCACCAUCCUGCCCCUCUAUUCCAAGAAGUACAUUGCCUUCUGUAUCAGCAUCUUCAUGGCCAUCCUGGUGACCAUCGUCAUCCUCUAUGUGCGCAUCUACUUCCUGGUCAAGUCCAGCAGCCGCAGGGUGGCCAGCCCCCAGAACUCGGAGCGCUCCAUGGCGCUCCUGCGCACCGUGGUGAUCGUGGUGAGUGUGUUCAUCGCUUGCUGGUCACCGCUCUUCAUCCUCUUCCUGGUGGACGUGGCCUGCAGGGUGAAGGAAUGCCCUGUGCUGUUCAAGGCGCAGUGGUUUAUUGUGCUGGCAGUGCUCAACUCCGCCAUGAACCCCGUCAUCUAUACCCUGGCCAGCAAGGAGAUGCGCCGAGCUUUCUUCCGCCUGGUGUGCAACUGUCUGGUCCGGGGUAAGGGGGCAUGCUCCCUCCCUCCCCAGCCUGCUCUGGAUCCCAACAGAAGUAAAUCCAGCGGCAGCAACAACAGCAGCCCCGCCUCCAAGAGCAAGGAAGACCUCCCCCAGACAGCCUUGCCCUGCAUCAUGGACAGAAACAAAGCCCUGCAGAACGGGAUUCUCUGCCAGUAAGGGCACCGGCCUGAAGAAACUGGGAGCUUCCGUUCCACACGUUCAGAUCCCAGGGAGAGCAGCACCCAGCUCUGCAAGCUCCAUUAUAUUUAUUGCCUGCCUCACCCUGUGGGUGCUCCCACUGCUAGAACCCACAAAAUCUACUGGACCAACCGCAGGUGUAACCUUCUCUCAAGGUGGGAUCACAGGACUCAAGAGCCUGAUUGAGUGUAGAUAAUCUGCCUCAGUGGCUUCAGAGUCUCGAGUGUCCUGAGUUCCUGAUGUUGUCACCAGCUUCCCGCCCUGAAGUUGGCCCCAGUGUUUCUAAACAGAGAAGGAUGUGGUUUGCAGGACACACCACGUGUUUCUCAGAACAGAAGGGUGAUGUGUUGGUAAUUUAGCACAGACCAUACCGAGAAUGCAUGCUUGUGUAUUCAUCAUAUUUCUAUUACAGAGCCCGUGAGUCUCAAGAGUCUGCCAUCCAUACAUGUAAAAGGGCCCUCACUGUUCCACAGCUAGCGAUUCCAGUACAUCUGACUGAACCUCCAGGGACAUGAGGUGACUUUGAAAUAGCUGGACAUGGUGGUCCAGUUGCUUCCAGAUUCUCAGUGAAGCAGGCAUUGAAGGCCAUGAAGACCAAAUAGGGCAUCCCUACUUCUUAUCUGACCUGAUCCAGUACAAGCACAUCCAGAAGUUGAAUUGCUUGGGUGUUUGCAAGUUGGGGGUAUUCUCCAAAUCACAGAGAAGUCAGCCACUUUAUGCCAAGAGCCUGUGACCUAGACCAACCUAGGAAAGAACCUGCUCAGGAGAACCAGGAAGCCAGCCAUAGCUGGGUCACAGGAGCAGUGCUCUAUAAUGUAAUAGGAGGUUUCCUUUGGGUUCAGAGAGGUUUACAAGCCCACCUUUCAGUUAUCUAUUAAGUCUGACUCUUCUCAGAAAAAUGAGCAAGUAAAUAAGCAGCAUGUUGUCACAGCUGCAGAUCUGGGACUGUUAGCAGAUUCUCAGACUUCCUAAAAGCAACCUGGAAGCAACUGUCAGAGCAGUUGAUUGUCAGUGAGGAAAGGGCAUUGCACAUGUCAGAGAGACGUAGCGAUGUGCAAGUGAUACUAUACAUUCUUGCUUUCAACAGGAGUUCAACCUGCUUCCUUUGUUUACCUUGUAAAGGGGUUCCUGAGACAGUAUCCAUGCCUCAGCACAGCAUAGACCCAUGAAACGCAUGCUGGUUAAGCUCCCAUAACUACUGCGGUGACGUGUUAAGUUAUCUGUCAAAAUAGAACAAACGGCCUUCAAAAGGAAUCUUAGGGAAAUCUCCUCCCACCAGAGACCCUGGAGAUUCUUGGGUUCAGUGACAAAUUGCCUGAGUACAAACUAAAAGAGUAAUCCUAUAUGCUAGUUUUUUUCCAGGAGAAAUGGUCUUGUUAUCAGGUGCGAGUUCUUUUUAAUUGAGGAACAUUUCCAUGGGAAUUUGUCAUCUUCAUCCAUUGACCAAUGAUGUUCCUUUUUUAAAAAAUAUGUAAUAGCAAAUAAAUAUUGUAUGUAUAGAGACAUUUGUCAGUGGCAUUUUGUUGUCUGUUUACAUAAUCAUAAAGCAUCUUAUUCUCUUGUCAAAUAGCUUGAGAAAUCCCAAGGCACUUCUUCAAAAUCUAAACCUUA